AUGUUGAGAAGACCUUUGCACAUGAGGCUCACACACCACUGGGCAAGCCCCACCCCUUCCUUCCUGGGAAUGCUAAUCAGCCACAGGUGGUCAUUUCCUUCUUGGGUCAUCCAGCACAACACAGGGCAUGCAUUUAUCUGCCUCAUCCACAACACCAUGUUAAAAGGAAGCCUGGCUAUUACACCUAGGAAGGUGACCAUUAGUCCUCGAGUUGAAACGAGACAGUGCCAAGUGGAGCAAGAGCAAUUGGAUGUAUUCAGUGCAUUCUCACAGCUUGAGGACAGGGGUUUCAGACUGGGGACUAGAAAACUGAGGAGAGCUAGAUGA